AUGUAUGCUGCUCAAGCACUGUUCUGGACAGUUCAUCUGGUGCGUCUCAAAAUUGACAACGCCGUCUGUCAGCUGGAGCGAUUCAACAGCCUGUACAUCAACAAGCUGGAGAGAGAACUGUCAAGUAGCUCAGCUAGGAUAGCAGCUCUGGAGGCCACUGUCAGCAUUGCUGACCGCGCCGCCGCCUGGGACAACAUACAGAACCACAUGACAGUGUGGACUGACCAGUCCAGGACUAUGGAACGGAAACUAGACAUUCUCAACAGGUGCCACGAGAAACAAGACUCGUGGGAGAUCCGUCUCAACGCAGUCGACGCCCUCAACCACAAGUUGACAGCCCUGGACAAGAAGAUCAACGCCAUGACCAGACUAGAGUUCAAGGUAGAGCAAGUGUCUGAGCGCGUCGAGGAGGUGGACUCAACUAUUAACUGGGUCAAGAAACAGAUGAACUCUCCUGAACACCCAAUCAUCACAGAGUUUGCUGGACGAGGCCUUCUUAGCUCCCUGAUACAAAUUGAAAACAAACUCGAUAACAUUACCCAGAAUCUGGCCAGUGUUGACCCUUCCUCCUCCUCCAGCAGCAGCAGCACCAGCAGAAGUAGCAGCAGCAGUAGCAACAGCAGAAGCAGCAGCAGUGGCAGCAGAAGCGCUAGUGCAAUACAUGAUUACAGUUACCUGAGACCCAAACACGUGUCCGGGCCGAGGUUCAGGCAGGUCCGGCCCACCGUGGAACCUGAACCCGGCAUCAUCUUCACCACAGCAUAUGAAGGAGAGCCAGGGGCGUGCCACCUUCACCCGCAGGACUCCCGCCGGCUCCAGGACGUCAGUGCCAAGGUGGAUCUGGUCUUCGACCAACUCAUUGGUCCUGAUUACGACUACGAAUCCUUUGUUAGUAAGUGGUCUGGUCUCCCCCGCCAAACACACACGAUACGUAAGCUCGUUUGUAAAUUAAUGGUUUUAACCAAUAAACCCCCGUACGGUUGGGAGCGGUCUCUUCAACAGAGCGGUCCUCCUCUGCUUCCCGAAAAGGCCUUCACAAGAGCAGUUCUCUUCUACAAGCAACUCUUCAACCAGAGCAGUCUCUUCUACAGAGCAGUCUCUUCUACAGAGCAGUCCUCUUCUACAAGAGGACUCUUCUACCAUAGCGGUCCUCUUCUUACAGAGCUGUCUCUUCUACAGAUCAGUCUUUCCUACAGAGUGGUGGUCUCUUCUACAGAGCAGUCUCUUCUACGUGAGCGGAGCGUUCUCUCUAACAGAGUGGUCUCUUAUACAGAGCACAGCCUUUCUACAGAGGCGGUCUCUUCUACAGAGCAGCCCACUUCUACAGACGCUCUCCUACAGAGUGGUCUCUUCUACAGAGCAUCUUUCUACAAGCGGUCUAUUCUACUACAGGGCGCGGCUCUUCAAAACAGAGAAGUACCUCAGCUUCAGGUGAGUGACCUCAGCUUCAAAUGGGUGAUCUCAGCUUCAGGUGGGUAUCCUCAGCUUCAGGUGAGUGACCUCAGCUUCAGAAUAAUAAUUUCCUUCUGCCUGGCCUUCCACAGUAUUGCUGACGAGGCGCACAACUAUCGUCUGAGUGUUUUUGGUUACCGUGGCAACGCCUCCGACAGCUUCUCAGCUCACAACGGGUUCCUCUUCUCCACCUACGAUAGGGACAAUGACGAGGCUCCUGAGUGCUGUCCCUGUGCCCCGGCUUAUGGUGGGGGAUGGUGGUUCUACAGUUGCUUCGAGAGUAACUUGAACGGUGAAUACCACACUGACCCGAAGGAUAAUGACUACUACCGUGGCGUCAUCUGGGAGCUGUGGCUGGGUGACUACUCCCUCAAGGCGACAGAGAUCAAACUACGCCCUGCCUCCCAGAGUAAUGACUACCCUGCCUCACCAUACCCUACACUGCCAACAGAGCCAUACCCUACCCAGCAAGUGCCAGAGCUGCCACUCAGAAAACAAUAGGCCUACACAUUCCUACAGGAAGAGGAUGGAGGAGUAGCAAAAGCCGCCUUGUACUACAAAGCCGCCUUGUACUACAAAGAAUGCAGCCCGGAUCAGAUCCUGGGCCGGAAGUUAGUAAACUGUUGUGGGUGGCAUCUUGGGGGAAGAACUUGAAGGACCUUGAUGGAAAUAAACCACAUUGCCGAAUUUUCUUUCAUUAUUUGCCGAGUAGGUAACAGAAGCUAAGUAAGACCUGGGUAGCUUGAAAAAGAAACUAGAUAAAUAUAUGAGUAAAAAGCAGUGCGGAUCUACAUUUUGAGGGCCAUGCAGCACGAACUGUUAUGGGGGCCCCUUCGCAACAACUUCUCAUACAGUAGACCCAAAAAUCUUAAACAGCAUAGACCAAAGCAGCUUCUGGGGCCCCUCCGGGAUUAGAGCCCCUGAAGCUAUGGCUUCAUUAAUUUCAUAGUAGAUCCGUCCCUGGUGAAAUGGACUGGAUUUGAUUAGUACCUGAGGUACUGAAGCUAAUUCUAGGGAAGCUUUGGGAAAAGAGCUGCACAAAUAUGUGGGUGGGAAUAGCUGCUUUUUACAAGGACCUGCCUAGUAUGGACCAGUAGGCCUGCUGCAGUAUUCCUUCAUUCUUAUGUUCUUAUUCUGGGUUAUUAACCCUCCGGGAUUAAAAAUCUGAACACAGUAGCAACGAUAAAUUCCUUGGGUAACACUGACAUUGGGUUGGACGAAUAUUUUUAUUAGUGGGUUUGGGUUUGACAAGGACCUGCCUAGCAUGGGCCAGUAGGCCUGCUGCAGUGUUCCUCCUUAUGUUUUUAAAGCCUCUUAUAGUUUAUUCAGGUUAUUAACCCGACAAGGAUAGUAAUCGUGUAUAACCAUAGAAAGUCUGUCAAUGUAACUUGUAUCCACUGGGGUCUUUUUCGAGAGAAUUCACCACUACAGAGUCUGCUAACAUCCAGUUACACACUGACUGCUAGGUCAACAGAGGCAGUAUUUUUGUCUCCUGUUGUACACACUCCUGUUGUCCACACACCCACUGUAUACACCUGUUAUACACACACCUGUUGUACACAAUUGUUGCAUACACACCUGUUGGUUUAGAAAAACACGUAAGCAAACACUAAGACAUAUUAGAAAACGUUUCGGUCCUGGGACCUUGAUCAGGGUCCCAGGACCGAAGAGUUUUCUUAUGUCCUAGUGUUUACUUAUGUGUCUUUCUGAACCAAAUUGCCGGUAUUUAUUACCAAGGUUUAUAUACCAUACACAUGUUAUAUAUAAUUCCCACAAAAUUUAAUAUAUAACGAUAUUACCCACAUCCUACCUAGGACACAUACACCGUGAUACACAAAUACAUAUACGUACUUGUAUAUUUGUUAUUACGCUGACGUUUUCGGUCUGAAAAUCCGUGUAGUAAUAAUAAUUUCCAGUUUGUUUAUAUUCUUGUAUAGUAGCUACCCCAUAAAUGGUAUGACAUACAUGGUUCUGUACUCGUAAAUUGUUUUUUAAUGCCCUCUCGCCUAUUGUUUAUGUUGGGUUUAAGGGCGCCAUCGGUCUGCGGAGCCGGUAAUUUUCUCGUGUCCGCGGCCCGUCUAGGGGUCUGAGGCCCAUUUAUGUGCUUCAUGACCCAGCUUGGGGUCCGCGGCCCAUCUUGGGGUCCGCGACCCAUCUAGGGGUUCACGACACAUGUAGGUAGUCCACGACCCAUCUAGACGGGAUUCAAGGCCCAUCAAGGGGUUCUUGACCCAUCUAUAGGGGUCCCCGCCCAUCUAGGGGUCCUCGACUCAUCUAGGGAGUAACGACCCAUCUAAUGGGAUCAUCGACCGACCUAUCAUGGGGGUUCACGGCCCACCUAGGGGGUCCACGGCCCAUCUAGGGGGAGUUCACGAUCCAUCUAGGGGUCCGCGACCCACAGCUUGAGAACCAAGGUAUGUAACCCUUCAAGAUGAAUACUGUGAUGAAUAUUUUUGGAAUUGGGAAGCGAUCGGCUUUGAGUAGCUUAGACUCCUCGGAUCAAGACCCCCUUUUAGGAUGCAGUUCCAACACUUAUACUAAUCUACUCAUCACUAAUUACAAUAAUAAUUAUUAUUAUCACACUACGUAUCGAGUAAUUUUUUUAAAUAUAAAUAAAUGUAUUUAAAUGUAUAUUUUAUUAUUAAAAAUAAAAUAUAAACUUAGGGUUGUCAAUUAUGAUUUAUUUUUAUUUUAAUAAAAAUUACGUGUCCAUUAUA